AUGUCGUCGCCACCUUCUUCGAGUUCUUCUGGUUCCUACAAAAAGAAGUUGAUACUAAAAGCCAUUGAUGGAAUACAUGGGCUUAGUGAUGGAUAUAUUGAAGGGCAUCAGAGGAACAGUCAUGGAGUGGAGCCUAGUAAGAGAGUCACUAUGGCAGCAUUGAUGUCCGGAUUAUCUGAGAUUGGCAUGGAAAACCUUACGCAGGAUGAUAGCAUUCAUGAAAAUGACGAACAGUAUGCUCCGCUUCCGUUGGGCCAGACCAGAAAGCAUUUUACUGAUAAGCUCAUCAGCAAAGUGGUGAACAAGAUUACUGCUGCUCAGGAAGGAGACAAGUUGAGAACACGGUUAGACGAUGCCCGAAGGGCACAACAACCGAAGCUCUCGGUGACUCAAUUGGUACUCAAUUUCAGAAGUCUCAGCUAUAAGAUGAACAAUUUCUUUGAUUUCGAGAAGAAGAUAUCUUCUAUUCUGUUGUGGGACAGUUCUUGGAAGACGCUCUUUUAUCUUCUUUUGUAUACAUGGGGGUGUAUUUACCCGUAUAUGUUCUUGUUGUAUCCCUUGGUGAUGAUUUGUGGUGCUGUUCUGAUCCCCAAUUACCUUGAUAGGCAUCCGCUGGAUAAGCCUGAGAUCAUUUCUGAGCGGCCGCGAGGUGCUCAGAACUGGCUUUUCGGGUUUCUGAGUGUUUCAAAAUCUGAAAUGGAGAGCUAUAAUGAGGAAGAAAGACUUAGUCAACUUAGAGAAGAGCUGUUUGAACGUCAGUUGAGAGAGCAUGGUUACUAUGGACUGAAUGAUUCAACUCCGAUGUCCAGUGCACCCUCCAGUGAUACCGAAGAUUUGGUUAUAAAUAGUGGUGCUAUCUAUGGUACUAUUGCCGAUGCUAAGACAAAGCUUAUAGUUCAGGGAUUAGUAAGCAAUGAGAAUGCGGAAAAGAAUGGGAGUACUAAAGAUAAUACCGAUGAUACCGGUACGCACUCAAAGUUUGUAGAUAAUCUCAGCUUGGUUAUUAGUAUGAGGGACUUACAAAACUUGACUACAAGGCUACUUGAAUUAAUGAGCAAUUUUGAGAACACAUUGCAAAAGCAUUGCAGUUUUCAGGAUGAGAAACGAUCUACAAUUGUAUUCCUCGAAAUGACUUUAUUGAUGGCAGUUACAUGUCUAUUUGGUCCUUACAUUCCUUGGAAACUCAUAUUUGUUCUCGUUGGAUGGGUCAUUGUUUUAUCGUGCCAUCCGAAAAGAGCCGAGUUUAUGAAUCAGUUCAAGAGUGAAGAAAAAGUGAAAGAAGAAAGGUAUUCUAGUGGCUCAAAGGACGUGAAGCGGAUUUCUCAUGAUAUUAUCAUUGAUGAGCCCAUUAAAAGAAGGUCCGUGGCUAUAUUUGAAAUCCAGCAGCAGGAUAUAUCGAGACCGUCAGUAUAUCGUCCAUUCGCAUACUCUAGGUCUUGCUUUACGGUGAGUUCAUCGCGCAGAGUUGAAAGAAAGAAGCCUAGGGGAACAGACAGCUUGGAAAUGGUGAAACCGCCAUCGAAAAGAUGGAAGUUUGAUCCGAACGGUAAGUGGGAAGUGGAUCUUGACACGGAAGCUUGGUGUUCCGAUAUGAACAUCAUGAAAGAAGUCCAUGUAAGCGUAGAUGAAGGCUGGGCAUGCGAUCUUAAUGGUGAGUAUAGGCGGCGGAGACUAUUUAGAGAGGUUUAUCUAGUCUGA